AUGAUUUUUAAAAUUUCACGGCCGCGAUACUCAAUUCCCAAUACGUACCGGCUGAUACUACCGAUACUGAUACUCCGAGAUCGAUACCGUUACGUUACCCGAUACCGUGAUUCAGAACUAUGGUAUCUAGAAGAUGGAGAGGUGGAAAAGGAGAGGGAGCCGAUGAGGAGGAGAAGAGAGAAGGUAAGGCUUACGUCGGAGCAAAAAGCAUCAAUGAGAGAGUAUGCUGCUGAGACAUUAGAGUGGAGCCUCCAAGGACACAAUGAGGAGGAGCUUAUUCAAUUCUGUUCCGAUAUCAGAAUCGUACCUCAAGUCUUCAAGGUUUGGAUGAGGAACAACCGCGACAAGUACAUGGAUGCUGAUGAAGCAUCGUCUGUCGAUGAGAUCUUAUUUGCUCCAAAAAUGGAUUCUUGGUGGUGGUGGUAG